GAAGUCGGCGUUCGGGGCGGAAAUACGGAUUACAAACAGGAAGUGUGGCAUUCCGGCGUCCGUCUCGCUCGCCGGUGCCAUGGAGGCCUACGAGCAGGUUCAGAAGGGACCGCUGAAGCUGAAGGGCGUCGCGGAGCUCGGCGUGACCAAGCGGAAGAAGAAGAAGAAAGACAAAGACAAGGCGAAGCUUCUAGAAGCUAUGGGCACGAGCAAGAAGAACGAGGAGGAGAAGCGGCGCUGCCUGGACAAGCGGACGCCGGCGCAGGCGGCCUUCGAGAAGAUGCAGGAGAAGCGGCAAAUGGAACGGAUCCUGAAGAAGGCAUCGAAGACCCACAAGCAGAGAGUGGAGGACUUCAACAGGCACCUGGACACGCUCACGGAGCACUACGACAUACCCAAAGUCAGCUGGACCAAGUAGCCGCCAGUGUGGCCGUCCUGUCGGCCGUGCCCCAUCUCGCGCCCCUCAUCCUGGCUCUGCAUUAA